AUGAAACUUAUAGUUUGCAAUGAACUUCAAAGUAUAGAUACAACAAAAGUUUUGAACUCAGAUGCUUUGAAGAGUCUUAUAACAGACAAAGUUGGAGUUGUUGAAAGAAAGUAUAAAGACCAAAGAGUUUGUGAAAAUGUUGCAAACUUCAUUAUGGUUUCAAACAAUGCUGUUCCGAUGAAGUUAGAAAGUUCUGACAGAAGAUAUGUAGUUGUCAGAACGUCAGAUUCUCAUAUGCAAGAUACAGAAUAUUUUGACGACUUAGCAGAAACUUUGACAUCUGACUUUUACAACCACUUGUUCUCAUAUUUCAUGACAUUAGAUAUUUCAAAGUUCAAUCCAAGACAAAUUCCACAUACCGAAGAGAGACAAACAUUGUUAGAAGCAAACAAGAGUGUAUAUGAACUGUUCAUAGAAGAAAGCGACUUUGAGUGUUUAUAUGAAAAGUCUUUAUAUGAUGAAUAUAAACAAUAUUGUCAAGAAUAUGGUUAUAUGGCAGCUUCUAAACGUACAUUCUUGGCAAAUGUCAAAAGUAUUUUAGACGUACAGAAUGGUGUAUAUACAAAGAAAAAUUUUUCUGAGUAA